AUGCUUUGUAUAGCAGCAAGGAAUUCUGACAGCAAAGAGGACAAAUCUAACACGAGUAGAAGCAACAACGUUAGCCGACAACACUCUUCUGCAGACAAGAAAAAUAGGGUCAAUGAAAGAUCAUCUAAUAUUGCAUCAAAUGGGCUUCAUCAAAUUGAACAUUCUGUUCCUCUCAAGAGUAAUCUUACGAAAGCUGCUUCAACUACAGGAACUAGAAAAGUUAGUUGGUCUGAUGCACAUGGCAAAGAUAUUGCUGAUGUUCAAGAAUUCGAAUCGAGGUAUGUUCUCUUAUUUUUGAUUACCGAAGAGUUCCCAUUGAAAUAG